AUGUUGGAUGCGGAUCCAAAGAAUUUCCCUGUAGGUCCUGUGAGAAUUCCAUUCUUGGACGAAGGCGAUGAUGCUUUUAACACAGAGGCCGAAGAUCAUCGUGCCAGCCGUUUAAGUCAUGAGCACGAUGAAUCCGGACGACUUUGUUCGGGACUGUCGUUAUCUGGCUCUUUAGACGAGUCUUUACCGCCUGCCGGUGGUGAUGGAGAGCAUUCAUCUCGUGGUCCUGCAAGACAUUUGUCAGCCGCUGGCUCUGCAUCUACCGGCUCCCAUUCAAUGGGCCACUCGCUACACGGCCACCAACAUGACGUCAGUCGAGGUCUCAGCAUCCAUGACUCAGAUAGCCUCAAUGGCAGCGCUGAAGAUUUGGCCAAACUUGACUUCAAUCGAAGCCUCUCUGUUUCAGCCGGCUCUAUGGAUAGUCAAGGGAGCCUUGGCGAUAUUCCUCUGCAAGAUUUAAAAUCCUCCCAGUUAGUCCUCAAAUUUUUUUAA